UCUCAUGUUUGAGAACAAAACACAAAACAAAACAAUCGUUGUAGAGGAAUAAAUAAUAAUACUUACUAUAUGUAAACCUCCCUCCCUUCCCCCCCGCAGUAACAGUGACCUCAUCGCGCGUUUCUCCUCUGGCGCUAGUUAGCGCUCCCUCCCUAACUAGUUAGUUAGUUAGUUAUCUAUCUAUUUAGUUAAACAACCCCAAACAACUUGACCUCAAACAAAACAGAACAUCAUCACGCCCGCGCUCUAUCUACAUUUGUGUGUGUGUUCAAUUCUACUACAACCGUCUCUUGAAUGCGCCAGUUUGGAUCCUAACCUUUUUGGGGGGGGGACUUGGGCUGGCUUGCUUCUGCCCUUGGAUGGUUCUUGGGGAGGAGGGCGGCCUUCAUUUGCUUGACUGUCGGAAAUAAAGUAACACUUGACUUUCCAAGGAAGUGUGCUUGCUACUUCUUCCUCGACUACUACUGUUGCUACCACCACUCUACUACAAUACAAUGACUCCUGCUCUCCAGCGAUCCGUCUCCAACGCUUCUGGGCUGGGUGGUGACGACGACGACAGCACCAGCGACCAAGAUGAUAAUCCCCGGCUGAUAGUGACCUCGCCGCCAUCCCCAACCAGCCGGCGUGAACAAACUACUCGUUUUGCGGAGUUGGAUAUCCGCAGCCGUCUCCCCCGUCGUCCCACAACAACAGACAUGGACGAGAGAACAGGUCUCUUGGGCGCUGCGGACGACUCAAACCGCACUUACACCACCAUCCCCAACCCUGCCUCUAGCACCCGCCCGCCCCCUUUCCACAGACAUCCCAGCACCGCUGGCAGUGUUCGGAUACCCAGGAACCACAGCCGCGCAAACUCCCAGGCUGUCAAGUUCGGUGGACGCGACUGGUCGCACACAGAUACGGGGGACUAUUCCUCGAAGAAUUCCCUGGGCGCCUCGUUUUUGGAUGACAGGGUGUGGUACGACCAGUUUACAUCCACCGACUGGGUGCAUGAUAGCAUCGCAGAUGGCAUCCGGCUCAGACAGCUGCGGAGCCGCAGGGAUAUUCGCGGGCGGCUGCUGGCUUGGGCUGACGGAGCGCAAGGCUGGAUUUUGGUUGCGGUCAUUGGAUGCCUAACGGCCUGCGUCGCGUAUUUCGUCGACGUUACGGAGAAUGCCAUGUUUGACGUCAAAGAAGGGUUCUGUACGGAGAACUGGUUCUUCAGCAGACGACGCUGCUGCUUGCCUGAGGAGCACGAGUGUGAUGCGUGGUUGUCCUGGGCGGAGAUUUUAGAGUCGUCCCCCAUCGACCGGAAAUGGAUCGACUUUGUUGCUUUUGUCUUUUGGGCUGUUGUUCUUGCAGCGUGCUCGUGUGUACUUACGCUUCUUACGAAAACAGUCGUGCCGUCAUCGGUCUCACUAUCUACAUUGGAUGAGGAUCUAGGAGCUGAGAUAGAGUCGCCCGGCGAUUCACCGAUACGCGAUCGGAAAACAAGCUCCUCUAGCCAGUCGCCACAGAGAGGGAUAGUUGCUGCUCCCCCUAUGGUUUACUACUCUGCUGCUGGAAGUGGUGUUGCAGAGGUGAAGGUCAUCCUCAGUGGGUUUGUCCUUCAUGGAUAUCUGGGCUUCAAAACACUGGUCAUAAAGACGUUGGCUCUUGUGUUGGCUGUCGCCUCGGGACUAAGUGUUGGAAAAGAGGGCCCCUACGUCCAUAUUGCCUCUUGCAUUGGAAACAUAUCCUGUCGAAUAUUCUCGAAGUAUCACCACAACGAUGGUAAACGGCGUGAGGUGUUGAGUGCUAGUGCUGCUAGCGGUGUUGGUGUUGCAUUUGGUGCCCCUAUUGGAGGCGUCUUGUUCGGUCUGGAAGAAGUCAGCUAUUAUUUCCCUCCCAAAACACUCUUUCGAACAUUCUUCUGUUGCAUUGCUGCCGCCCUCUCUUUAAAAUUCCUGAACCCGUAUGGCACCGGAAAAAUUGUGUUGUUCGAGGUUCGAUAUGUCUCAGACUGGAAAGUUUUCGAGCUUCUGAUAUUUAUGCUCCUCGGGGUCCUUGGAGGUGCUUCGGGUGCCUUGUUUAUCAAAGCCUCGAAACUGUGGGCACAGUCGUUCCGCCGCAUUCCCGUUAUCAAACGCUGGCCGCUGCUGGAAGUCGUCUUAGUUUCAUUAAUCACGGGCUUAGUUAGCUUUUGGAAUCGCUAUACGAAGCUGCCCGUUUCAGAACUUCUUUUCGAGCUUGCCAGUCCGUGUGAUCCGGACACCGAAUCGAGAACGGGACUCUGCCCCACGGGCGACAAGAUCCCCGAGGUGAUCCGUUACCUUGUCAUUGCUUUUGUUAUCAAAAGCAUUCUGACCAUUAUAACAUUUGGCAUCAAAGUGCCUGCCGGCAUCUACGUUCCGUCUAUGGUUGUCGGUGGCUUACUAGGCAGGAUCGUCGGCCACAUUGCCCAGUAUUUCGUUGUACAUUUCCCAGACUCUUUUCUUUUUGGCAGCUGCUCCAGCUCGCGGGAUGCUCUGUCGUGCAUAAACCCGGGAGUUUACGCUCUUAUCGCUGCUGGCUCUACGAUGUGCGGUGUUACGCGACUUUCUGUGACGCUGGUUAUCAUCCUGUUUGAAUUAACGGGUAGCCUCGACCAUGUGCUUCCCUUUUCCCUAGCAAUCCUCUGCGCCAAAUGGACUGCGGAUGCAAUGGAACCGCUGAGCAUCUAUGACCUCCUCACGGACAUGAACUCCUACCCCUACCUCGACAACAAACUCCACCCAACCUCCGACAUCGAACUCAGCGAACUCGUCCCCCGCGUCCGCAAGAACCGUAUCAUAGACAUCUCCAACUCCCCGCUCGUCCCCGCCACGGAGCUGCGCCAAAAACUCGACGUGCUCCUCCUAGCCGGCGAACUGGACGGCGGCCUGCCGAUCCUGCGCAAGAAUAUCCUGGUCGGGCUGAUCCCUGCGCCCGAGCUUGAGUAUGCGCUUGAUAGGCUCGAGGACGAGGAGGAGGCGAUGUGUUUGAUGUGUAUUGAUAGUUCGUAUGAGGGUUGGAGUGCGGAGGGGGAUCGGGAUCGAGAGAGGGUCGAUUCAACGGGGCGGAUGGCGGAUUUUACACCGUUUAUUGAUCCGGCUCCCGUGGCCCUCGAUAUACACUCACCCAUAAGCCUCGUCUAUCAAUGCUUCGUCAAACUCGGCCUGCGGUACAUGUGUGUCCUGCGCGAUGGGCAGUAUGCGGGGCUGGUGCAUAAGAAGUCAUUUGUCAAGUUUAUGAAGGAGCAGGGGAAGGGGACACAUAAGUGAGACUUAUGAUAUAGGGGGUCCCGGGGGGAUGAAAGUGGGUGUUUUUGUUUUUCUUAGGGCGGGGUAAGUGUGAGAGUGGAAGAUGGUAGAUGAUGGUACAUGAAAAAAGACAAAGAGAGGGAGAAAGAAGAGGGUCGGUGGGUGGGUGGCUUGGCUGGCAUGUAUAGAUUCUUUCCAUUUUCCAUUUUCCAUUUUCUUGCUGGUUGAGAUUCCCCAGUGAUACACACACACACACAUACACACACACACACAUACACAUGCAUGCAUCCAUAGAGUUGUGGUUUUCUUUCUUUUGCAUACAUAAUACAUAUGGAUUUCAGCUCUUUUGGGGAAAUUUAUUUUAUUAUUUUUCAGUUUUGAUAUCUGUACUCCGUACUGUUAAAAAUGAUAAGUUGUUGUUUUAAGAUGAAGUAGCGACGGAAGAACAUUGAGCCGGAGUCCCGCAAUGCUUUUGGCUCCAACUUCCAAGCCGGGCCGGCAAUACUGUUCCGAACCCCAACGCCGCCGCCGGCAAUUCAACCACUUGUUCCCGACCCGACCAACCGGCAAACUCCCCGAUUUCCCCGAGUUCCGUCAGAUAUCUCUCUCUCUCACAUAGCUAUAUCGCAACCUCGCAACCUCGCAACCUCGCAACCUCGCAAUCUCCCAUCCAAUCUACCCCUCCCACGUCGUGCCCUCAUGCCAACGAGCACCCUCCGUUUCUCGCCCCGAUUCCUCCCCUCGUUUGCUCCCUCGUCGUCGCUCCGUGCCGCAAAACGCUACUCCAAAAGCCCCAUUAUCUCGCCAGCAAGAAUGUCGUCCACCGGAACAGCUGCGCUUGCACGCAAUGCGAAGGCGGAGCGGAUUCGCAAUCCGGCUCUCUUGUAUGUGUACCCCACACGCCCCUCAAUACGAGUUAGAUGAUUAUGAAGAGACCUGAGGAGGCUGUAUCUUUGUAGCUACUACAGGACGCGACAUGGUUUACUGACCGCUGCGCUGGGAUUUGAUUUGCGCUUACAGCAUUUGCGAUAUCCAGGAGAAAUUCCGCCCGGUUAUCUAUGAGUUCCCGAAACUAAUCACCACAACAACCAAACUCCUCAAAGCCGCCAAACCCCUCAACAUCCCCAUCUACAUCACAACCCAAAACCGCGCCCGCCUCGGCGCCACCGUCUCCGAAUUCAACCCCUACCUCGACCCAGCCACAAACCCCAACGUCCGCGCCGACCUCGACAAAACCCUCUUCUCCAUGGUAACCCCAGAGCUGAAAGCCUGCUUACCCACCACCACCACCGCGGCUGCCGACGGCGGACAGCCAGUACCCCUCGACGCCAUCAUCGUCGGCAUCGAGUCGCACAUCUGCGUCACGCAGACGACGCUGGACCUGCUGGCGCUGGGCCACAGAGUGUAUGUGGUUGCUGAUGGGGUGAGCAGUGUGAACCCUGAGGAACGGGUGGUGGCGCUGGCGCGGCUGAGGGAUGCGGGGGCGAUUGUGACGACGAGCGAGAGUCUGUUGUUUGAGAUUAUGGGGGAUGCGAAGCAUGCUGUUUUCAGGCAGAUUAGUGGGCUUGUGAAGGAGAGUGGGGAGGAGACGAAGAAGGCGCUUGGGGUGUUUUGUGGGAGUAAGAUUUGAUUUUGUUUUUAGGUUUUAGUUAUUUUAUUACAUUGUUUUUGUUUUUUUUAAGACGUGGCUGUUUUUGUUUAUGGAGGGAACUGGUAUCUAAUCCUAAUCUAUCUGGCUAAGAGAAACAAGGGGUAAGGGAACAAUUGUAUGUUUCUGACAUGUAGAGGGUAUAAGUCUAUCUCAUAUUCGGCGAAUGUAAAGCUUUUGUGAAUCGAUGGGGCUGAUGAAAAGAAAUGUGAGGCCUGCGAAGGCACCAACAACAUAACUAGGUGCUCCGUCACGCAACGAACAUGUUCUCAAUUCCAGUAUAUAUAUAUAUAUGUAUGUCAUAAUCAUCUACCCAGCAAAACUCCCAAAUAGCUCCUUGACUCCGCGCUCUUGGCUGCCGCGCUCUUGGCUGCACUUUCCCUCGUGUCUUCUCCCACCAUACUGCACUGCCUCUGCAAAAGAGCAGGGCCGGCCCGGGGGCGGGCGGUGAAGGUGCGAGAUAAGAGGAGGGAAGACAACAGCAGAGAAGGAGAAGAGCUGAGUGGAGGAAAUUGACAGCCGCGGCGCCGGAUGCUCUGUAAAGUAGUUCACUAGUACUAAUUUCCAAAAAAGAAAAAAAGAACCAAAAAAAUAAAGGAACCGGUUCAUCGAACUGGACUGGCAAAUACUGCAGGUGGAGGAAUGGUAGGGCGAUCAGGAGAACAGAGAAACCGGUGGCUGAGGGCGUGUGGUGAGCGAGAGAAUCGGGCGCAGCUGAACAUUUAAGGCCAUGCAUGACUGGACAAUAACUAUAUGUCCAUGGAAUGACUAUGGCGAGCCUGCUCAGCGGGUGUGCGACAUGGACCGUCCGUAGCCCUUAUCCCUCCCCUCUCUCCCCCAGCAAGAUUCCCAACCCCCCACCCUCGCUCACAAAGGGCUACAGAAAGGGGGGGGAGAUGCAGGGAGAGAGCGAGAACCCACCCGCGAGAAAGCAAUAGAAAAGAGGGCGGAGCGAGACGUCUUUUGAAGCGGGGAGGGCGCGGACGCCACUCGUCGCUGAUGAGAAAAUACACAGAAACCCGAAACCGUACCGAAGUGGCGGGCGAUGAGAAAGUAUGCAGCAGCAUUGUACUCAGGCCCAGUGACGUAGGUAGUAUUCACCAAGUUCUUUCCUCUUCCCUCAAGUCUGAAAUGUAUUGCCGACAUGUUCCGAAUCAAUUCUGCCUUCCUCUCCGUUCAGACUUUCCUCACGCAAACCAUCCUUCAAUGGGGUUGCUUUUCAACGCCAUAGACUCCCGAGAUAGAGUGGAGGGUUAACACUGCGUGAGCUGAUCCGGGGGUGUGAGAACGGCAAACCAGCCGUCGAAUAUCUCCUUUGAACAAAUGAAUCGUUCGGGGACAAAAGUGUAAAGUGUUAAUGGGCGGGUCGCGAAUUGCGCGCGGGCUUAGUGGUGCUGGCCCGCAGCAGGAUGGAAAGAGUAGCGACUGGCGCUCUGCUGUUAACCGGGCGCGGAGCUGAGAGGGUAAGUGGUGGAAGGUGGGGACCCAUUACAUGGGGGCAAGAAACGAACAAAGCGCAAAUAGAGAGAAGGGAGAAAAGAAAACCUGGGCGGGUUAAUUCGGGAUUUGUUCUUUUAUCAGCCCUGGUGUGCAAAGACGGGGGGUAGACAGUUGGGAAAAGUUCGCGAACUUAAGAAGGGAAGAAAUCGAGAGAAAACAAAAGAAUUUAUGACAAGAGGAAGGACGGAGAAGUCGAAGAAAACAAUAGGCAAAAGUAGAAAUUUCAAAAGAAAUAACAGAAGAGAAUCAAUCAUCACCCAUUAAUCCAUCAAACCCAUCAACUGCUAAAAACCACGACCUGCACAACUUUUCACACAGCAUUGUUGAGGAGACCACACAACCCAAUCGAGUCACGCACGCACACACCCACCGACAAACAGAAAUAAAAAAUAAAACAAAUAAAAAGCAAAGAGCAAAGAGCAUUCCUUCUCCGUCUACAUAUUGAUCAGAUGCACCUUCGCCAUCUUCCUGAAGAUAUUCUCGUCUACAGCGGAAGCGUCACCGUUCGAUGUUUUGGCGCCUGCACCAGUACCACCAGCAGCAUCACCACUUUUCCAGUCAACAGCCCACUGCCUCAACGUGAAUAGUUCAUCGAUAAAAGCCGGGAGAAAUGUGCCGGGGCCGUGUACUCCGUCUUUCAUGGCGGCGCGCUCAGCGGCAAUUUCGAGAAGGAGUAAACUGGCGAACACUGCGAGUAGCUUGUCACUUCUGUGCACGGCGAGGAAGGAGGCGGCCAUGGUGCCGAUUAUGCAGCCGGUCUAGGCGGUGGAGUUGGGUUGGUUAGUUUGGGC